UCAAAUACACUUUCCUUUUUCUUGCUUUAUAUCUUCCAUUCAUAGUAUAAUUUUUAAAGUUCAUUACGUUGAAGUCCAAAUGCAUCCUCCCUUGUUUAAAACUUCUCCAAUCAAACUUCCCCCUUUUAUCAAAUCUGUCAUAUGUAAACCGCUGACUUCAGAAUCUUUAGACCAUUUCCUUUUGUUUUAACCUCAUGGCUAACCAAACCAAAAUCACAAACAUAACAAGAUCAUGAAUAGCACAGCAAUAAGCCCUGAUCCAAAUACCGGUGGGUUCUUAGGGUCGCAAAACAUCGGUGGAUUCGCGUAUGGCAUUGGAGUUUCAGUAGGGAUAUUGUUAUUAAUUACAACUAUCACCUUGACAUCUUACUUUUGUACAAGACAUCAAACCACUGUGCCACCACAAAGGACGAGGCAAAGGAAUGAAAAUAGCAACGAGGACGUUCAAGAAGUUGUGGUGGAACUGGGGCUUGAUGAGGAAACCCUAUUGAGUUAUCCAAAGUUGUUGUAUUCAGAAGCUAAGGUCAAUCACAAGGAUUCAACGGCGACUUGUUGCUCAAUUUGUUUGGCAGAUUACAAGAACAGUGACAUGUUAAGGCUAUUACCAGAUUGUGGGCAUUUGUUCCACUUAAAAUGCGUAGAUCCAUGGCUGAGGUUAAAUCCAACUUGUCCUGUUUGUAGAACUUCUCCAUUGCCAACACCACAAUCCACUCCUCUGGCUGAAGUUGUUCCUCUGGCAACUAGACCUAUUGGAUGAAGUGGCAUCAAAUUAAAGUCCUUGGUAUUCCCUUUUUAUGUACACUGUAGAUCAAUUAUCUCCUUUCUUCUCCUAAAUUUGUAUGUAUAAUAUGUCAUUGAAAGAAAAGCUUUCUUCUAUAUGGCCAUUUUUUUUUUCUUUUUUGAGGAUUCUUUGUAAUUGGGUGUGCUUGGUACGAAAGAAAAGGUUUUUUUUUAAAAAAACCCGUUUCCAGAAAAAACUUUGUUACACUAUCUAACAUUCUCUAGAAGUUGGAAACUAUUUCAUAUGGACUACGAAAAACAUGAGCGAAGAUUGUAAUUUUUUCCCUUUUAGUGGAAGAAUUUUUUGGUGUUUGAUUGUAAAAAA